AAAUGCAUUUCUGGCGCGAGUCGAAGACAAAGACGAAACCGAAACCGAGACACGGACGGGCGGCGUGCGGACCGCGCAGUUUUAGUGAUUGAUUUCUCUAAUAUUGUCCAUAAAUUGACAUUGGAUACGGACUAAAGAUGAAUCUUCUGCAAAUUUUACAGAAGACGCUGUCUCCUGACAAAACCGAGCUCGAAUGUGCUUUACGGUUUCUCGAGGAGGCAGCAAAACAGAAUCCGUUGAGAUUUAUUCAAGAGCUAACAGAGGUGCUAGCCAAUCCCACAAAUCCAGGACCCUGUCGAGUGGCUGCUGGUCUUCAAAUCAAGAACCAGCUGACCUCGAAAGAUGUUGAAACAAAGCGCAUGUACCAGCAGCGGUGGCUGUCGUUCCCUCCGGACCAACGGCAAAUUGUUAAAAACCACUGCCUCGGAUGCUUUGGCACAGAGACAGAGCGGCCAUCAGCGGCUGCGCAAGUAGUCGCGUACAUCGCCAUUGCGGAACUGCCCACGGAACAGUGGCCGGAGCUGAUGCAGAUCCUAGUUUCUAAUGUUGCAAACGCGAACUCAACGGAAAUGCUAAAGGUUGUCACAUUGGAGGCCAUUGGUUAUAUUUGUCUAGAAAUUGAGCCCAUCGAAGUACUCGCUGCCCGGUCCAACGAGAUCCUGACCGUUAUAGUGCACUGUAUGCGUAAGGAAGAGACGUCCGAUCGCGUGCGACUAGCCGCAACAAACGCCCUUCAGAAUUCACUCGAAUUUAGCAAGGCUAACUUCAGUAAUGACAAUGAGCGGCACUAUAUUAUGCAGGUUAUCUGUGAGACAACACAAUCGUCGAAUCUCCUCGUGCGUGUAGCAGCCCUACAAUGCCUCGUUAAAAUCAUGUCUCUCUAUUACCAAUACAUGGAGCACUACAUGGGUCCAGCACUUUUUGCUAUCUCGACGGAGGCGAUAAAAUCUGAGCUUGACGACGUAGCACUGCAGGGUAUUGAGUUCUGGUCAAAUGUCUGUGAAGAAGAGAUUGACCUGGCGAUUGAGGCUUCUGAAGCGGCGGACGAGGGGCGACCGCCUCAACGCACUUCGAUGCAUUAUGCCAAGGGCGCCAUUCAGUAUCUGAUGCCACUGUUAACACACUGUCUUAUGAAACAAGACGAAGCUGAUGACGAAGAUGAAUGGAACGUCUGCAAGGCCGCAGGUGUUUGUUUGGUUUUGCUAGCAACCUGCUGCGAGGAUUCGAUCAUUCCGCACGCCUUGCCAUUUGUUCAAGCCAAUAUAAAGCACACGGACUGGCGACAUCGAGAUGCAGCAGUCAUGCUGUUCGGCAGUGUGCUCGAAGGUGCCGAUUCAGCGAACACUAGGCCUCUGGCGGACACAGCUAUGGGUCCGCUGAUCCAGAUGUUAAACGACGAAUCCGUUGCGGUGCGUGAUUCGACGGCGUGGACGCUUGGCCGGCUCUGUGAGAAUGCGCCCGAUGUCGCACUCAAUCCGCAGUACCUUGAGCCCCUCCUUAGGGAGUUGAUUCGAGGACUGUCGAUGGAACCGCGUGUUGCUACUAACGUUUGCUGGGCACUAAACAGUCUUGCGCAAGCGGCAUAUACACAGGCUCAAAAUGAACUAGCACUGGGACAGGAGCCAGAAACCUAUUGUUUAACACGCUACUUUGAAGGCAUUAUCACAAAGCUUCUUGAGACGACGGAACGGGCUGAUGGGAACCAAUCUAAUCUCAGGGGAGCUGCGUACGAAUCGCUGAUGGAAAUGAUGAAGAAUUCCCCGAAGGAUUGUUACCAGUGGGUACAAAGUAUGACGAUGGUUAUCCUACAGCGUAUUAACCACAUAUUGCAGAUUUCGGCUACUGCUGUGAAUGCGUCGCAACAGGAGAAGAGCGCAUUAUACGACCUGCAGUCACUCCUGUGCGCAACGCUAACGUCUGUUUUGCGAAAGAUGACGCCUGAGGAUGCCCCGAAGGUCUCGGAUCUAAUUAUGAGUGCGUUGUUAGAAAUGUUUAAGACAACGAACGGUCAACAGGAAAGUGGCGUCCAAGAAGACGCGCUAAUGGCGGUUAGCACACUUGUUGAGGUACUGGGUCGCGGUUUCCUAAAGUAUAUGGACGCAUUCAAGCCCUUCCUAGUUUUGGGUCUACGAAGUCAUCAAGAGCAUCAGGUGUGCAUGGCUGCAGCUGGGGUCUGCGCUGACAUCAGCCGUUCCAUCGGCUCUGAAGUGGUUCCCUAUUGCGAUGAGAUCAUGACUUUGCUAUUAGAAGCAUUGAAUGAUCCCAUACUGAAUCGUUGCGUAAAGCCACAGAUUCUAUCAACAUUCGGUGAUAUCGCUCUGGCGAUCGGCGUCGAAAUUCAGAAGUACGCUGAGGUCGUUCUGAAUACGUUAGCGACAGCGUCGCAAGCUCAAGUCGAUCGAUCCGACUUCGAGAACAUUGAGUACCUGAAUGAGCUGCGCAAUGGAUGUCUCGACGCUUACACCGGGAUUCUUCAGGGACUGAAGGGUGAAAACGGCUGCUCACCAACAUUACAAGUACUAUUGCCGCACGUGCCAUUCAUCGUACAGUUCGUCAUGAGCAUUGCACGCGAUCCGGAAAAGAACGACUCGCUGGUUGCGACAUCUUCCGGUUUGAUUGGCGAUCUGAUCACCACAUUCGGCCAGCAGGUCCUUUUGUUGGUUGACAACGAAACGAUUUCCGAACUACUCACGGAGGGCCGGCGUUCUCGCACACACAAAACAAAGAGCCUUUCAAUGUGGGCCACGAAAGAGAUACGCAAGCUUAAGACUCAGAACAACUAAACAAAAUAGGCUGCAUGUUAUUACAUACAAUACAAAUACGAAACUAAAGAGAGAGGGAGAGAUCGCGCGCAAGCGAUCAUGAGAGAUGACAGCAGAUAUCUCGUCGAAGAAACGCAGAGAUCCCGCUUGUCGUAUAGCUGACUGACCGCAGUACCGUUUCGGAACCUGCGCAACGGUCUGUGAUAUAGGCAUCAUCCACAGCACGACUUACUCGGCAACGAUGACAACAGCAACACCAGCAACACGAACACCAACACCAAUAAAGCCAACAUCCACGACACACAUCGACGACUCAACAACACACAACGAAACGCAAGCGGACAUUAGUAUUAUUAUUGAUCGAAGCGACAAGAGUGACAAGUCCCGUUUCAAAUGCGCGAUUUGAAGCAUAGAUGAUGCGCCACCCCAAGAGUCUAUGGUUUUAAUUGUUCCCCUGUGCUCCGCGUUUCGCAUAGUGAGCACGCACGGUCUUGGGAUGGCGCGUAGCAUAUUUUACAUGAGCACCGACUGAUGAAAAACAAGUUGGCAUGAAAGAAAUAGUUCUUUGUUUUGUACAUUUUUGGAAGCUGAUGACGUUGUAAUUUCAAAUAAAAAAGAAAUAUAAAGUAUAGAUAUAGACAACCAAACAAAUAACUAAUAACACGAUUCUCAUGUGGGUUGGGCAGGGCGGGAAAGGACAAGGGUUAUAGUGUGUGGGAAGAUUAAUCAUAAGUAGUGGACGGAAGAUCAGCUGGACGUUGAGAUAACGUUGCGCCUCGUAGUGACCACGACCGUGAAGAUGGCAGAGUCCGGUUGAGCUAGUCUCUGUAGAACUAUUAUUUGUCCAUUCCAAGUCAACGUGUUGACGUGUUUCGAAUAGCAAUAUGAACAUAAUGAUAAUAAAACUAAAUGAACAGUCAAACAAUGGCUGUAUAACAUUGAUGAAAACAAUAUUUGUUAUUUAAAGCAGAAACGCGUAUAUAUGUACAACGCCUAAGCGUGUUACCAUAAUUAUGCUCUAUUGGACAGUGCGUUGCUGGGACGAAAACAAGACUAGGGGCGAUACGAUACAUCAUCCACGAGUGGGGCAUUGAUAAUAAGAGUACGGGUUGUCUCCGUAUUGCGAAUA